AUGUCUCCUCCAAUGCAGUUGACGUCUCAUCUCAACACCCCAUACACACCCACCAGUGAUGCUCUUGAUCGCCAUGACUAUGGCAUCUCAAAGAAUCGAAAGCUAGUCUCCACUGGUGGCGGCAGAGCCUGGAGCGAGGAUGAGGAAGUAUAUCUUCUCCAGACUCGUCUUCAGAAAAUGCCUUACAAGCACAUUGCAGCUCACUUGAAGAAGACUGAGCUCGCUUGUCGCUUGCACUACCAUCAAUUGAGUCAUGGAAGCAACCGUCGUAAGCGGACCACUUCAGUGUCCUCUGCCUCUUCGUCGGGCCACUCUCCUAUCCUGCCAGCCAUUGUACCGUCUCCAAUCAAUGAGUGCUCUUCUCGAGACAGUACUCCUCCCCAGAGUGCGGGCGGCUAUGGCCCUGGUUCCCCGGGACCCGUCCACCUCCCGAGCAUCAUGGCCAACACAAACACCUCACCUCGGUUGCCUGCGAUUCUGCCUAAGCCGGCAGCAAUGAACUUUACAACCACGGCUAUGUCACCAAGUCUUGGUUACCCCACGCCUACCAUUGCUGAUGCAGCCCGGUGCCUCGGACCUUCUGCAUUCCCGCAGCCGUCUCCAAUCACCCAGGGAACCGCACCGUUGCGUCUUGACUGCACCCUCCCGCCGCCCACGGCCCAUGUCGACCUGCCGCGCUUGCAGUCGAUCUACUCGGCCCACCGGUCGUCGUUUUGGCACACCAUUGCCAACGACUAUGGCACUGGGGCGAGCCCUAUUGUCUUGGAACAGGCUUGGAAGGCGAACAUCCUCACCGCUGGUAGCCAGACCCCUAUCACGCCCAUGGCCAGCCCCAACGACCGCGAUCUGAUCUAUGAAAAGCAGGACAAGACUCGCAUCAGCGCCAUCCUCGGCAUUGAUGCCAACCCACGCAGUCCAAAGGAGCGCGAGAUGGUCAGAUUACUCGAGGAGGGCAGGAAUAGUGGUGUAAUGGCCAUUGCAUAG